AUGGAAGCUUUGGUUUCCAAACGUAUAUUUUUCACUCUCAAUGCAUCUACCAUCACGCUUAUUGCCAUAGCGAUGAAGCUACCAAUGGAUCUUACUACAGACACCGACGACAUUGAAGUUUAUGGCGCAAAGUUCAGUGGUAUUGGUUUCUUGAUAACCAUGCUAGCCAAUUUUCUCCCUUCAUUAGGGCUUAUGGAUGACAAGGAGCUUCUAAUGAACAUUGCAGCCUUGGGUAUUCUCUCCUUUUUGAAAAGGUUUAAGAAGAACGAAAACACGUCUAAUAUCAAUGAGAGCUCGGAAAUAGAAGAAUAUACUAGGUAUGCUAUACAAAUUGAUGAAGAUGAGAGACUUUCAAAUAGAUUAUUAAGAAAUACACUCCAUUCGAUAACUAAACUCAUUAACGCAUCUGAAGAGAAAGAACCGCACAAUCUUAUAAUGCUUCUGGAGAAAUCCAUAGGAUUCAAUGGAGUAGUAGAGUUUGACAAUAACGAAGUCCCAUCUUUAUAUCCGGAAGAAAUUCGCGUUUGUUGGAGCCUUGUACUAGUAACAUUGACAACAAUUGCCAUUGCGCUUCCUAACAUUGGAAAUGAUUAUUUCAAGCGGUUGCUUUCUGGCUUGAAGGAAGGACUCCAAAUCGUAAGUCAUAUAGAAGAAUGUUUGUAUGUAGAUGUUGACUCAAUAAAGGCAAGAAAAGCAGCCAUGUGCGUGUGGACAGAAGUUGAAAUAUACCACACAUGGCUAAAAAUCCAUCUUCGAAAGAAGGCUUGUAAAGAAAAUACAUCAAAGGAAAUUCUUAAAUGGUUGGGUGACGAAGCUGCAAAAAUUGUGAUCCAAUUUAAGAGUAGCAAAAAAACAAGUAUAGAUCAAUCACCUAAUAAACUUAUACUUGCAGGCGCCAUGUACAAAAUCAGUCAGACAAUAUUGUUGUACUGUCAUGGGAAAGAAAAUUGGCCAAAUAAUGAAGAACUUCUUGAAUGGAUAUCAACUAUAACUGCAGAUGUAUUAGCCGCUUGCUUUACCAACUUACCACAUGUUAUAAAACUGAACUGUCAUCACCAUGCAAUUGAGAAAAGGGGAGACGACAUCCAGAAUGCAGCUCAACUUCUUGGUAAAUCCAAAAAGAUCCUUAAAAUCCUUGAAGCGCGUCAACUUCCAGACAUAGAUCGAGAAUCUAUGGCAUGUACUUGUAUCAAGAGUGAUGAAUUGAAAGUGACGCUUGGGGAAUUCGAGCAAGUGGCAGAGGGGAAGGCGUAUAAGGAGCUGGUGAAGGAUGUUGCACCAAGAAGAGAUUAG